AACGGCCGCUCGCCGCCCUCGGAACCGCUCGCCGCGACUCGCCCUCACGGUGCACAAUCCACAAAGGAAUUCCCGACGCAGACCGGCGACAGUCGCCAUUCUAGUUGAAUUUCGUGCUGGUGUUUUUUUUCUCGUUUGUCCGGCCGACGCACAAUUUCGAUCUCUCCUCGUCCGUUUUUCUUCCGUUUACUUCGUUUCGACUCCAGAACAUUGACAGAAUGGGCAAAUCGCAAAAUGACAAUAACCCAGAAGGUGAACAAUUCAGAAAAUUGUUUAUUGGAGGCUUGGACUACAGAACGACAGAUCAGUCUCUGAAAUCGUUUUAUGAACAAUGGGGUGAGAUUGUAGAUGUAGUUGUCAUGAAGCACCCACAAACCCAAAAGUCGAGGGGCUUUGGUUUUGUGACUUAUGCAAUGUCUAGCAUGGUUGACGAAGCUAUGAAAAAUAGGCCGCAUAAGAUUGACGGGAGGCAGGUUGAUUCUAAACGAGCUGUCCCUAGAGAUGAAAGUUCAGGUUCCACUGCCAAUGUCAAUGUUAAAAAGAUGUUUGUCGGUGGAUUGAAAGAACAGUCUGAGGCAGAUUUAAGAGAAUAUUUUGGUACAUUUGGAACGAUUGUCGGUAUUAAUAUUGUUAUGGAUAAAGCUACAGGGAAUAGGAAAGGGUUCGCUUUCAUCGAAUUUGAUGAUUAUGAUCCUGUAGACAAAGCUUUAUUGAGGAAAGAUCAUUCGAUAAACGGAAAAGGUGUGACUGUUAAAAAAGCUGUUGUUAAAGAUAACAAUAGUGGAAGUGGUCGUGGACCGAGGGGAUUAUCAGGAGGGCGAGGAGGAGGUGGUGGUGGUGGUGGUGGUCGAGGACAGUCAGGUUCUAACUGGAAUGGUAAUGCUGGCGGAAACAGUUGGGGCGGCACCAAUGGAUAUGGAAGUUCUAACGGGCCAUGGGAUGCUCCAGGAAAUGGUUGGUCACAAAGUAGUGGGGGACAAGGUUGGCAAGAUCAGUCUUAUGGUGGUGGUGGAAAUUCUGGCUGGAAUGGAGGAUAUCAACAGGGUUAUGGAGGUGGACCAAUGCGCAACAACUACAACACUAGCCAAAGAACUGCACCUUAUGGAGGAGGGUAUGGAGGAGGAUCGUCUUGGAAUAAUCGAUACUAAUGUAACAAGUCUUAGGAUGGAUCCCGUUUAAACUAGGCCUUUUCCAGACCAAGAAGGAGCAAUUUUUUGUAAAUAGGAGCACAUGGCAUUUAAAUACUAAUUUAUAUCCAAGAUUUAAUUUAAGAAAUUGUGUGACAAAUUGGUGUAAUUCCAUUUUUAUUUUGAGCACACUUCUUUUGUGUUGCAAAUUUGUACAGAGACCCUUUGCACUAAUAUUUUUAUGUAUUAUUAACAAUGUUUUCUCGAUAUUGAAAAGAAAAUUACAAGAGAUAGUUGCUUUUUUUGUGUGUAUGUGUAUUUUAGGUUGGAAAAGCCUUUUCUACUUGUCUAAAAAAAAUUUUUUAUAUUUACAAAUAUGAAAUUAUAAAUCAUUUUUACUUGAAAAACAUUAAAACUGUUAUACAUUUAAAAACGAUAAAAAUUCUCUAUCUCUCUCCCCCUUGACAUCCAUAUUAUCACAUAAUAGACUUAUUUAAAAAUAUUAAUUAAGGUAGAAAGAAUUAAUUAUACGUGCUAAAAUAAACAGGUGUGUGAGUGAGAGUGAGUGUUUUCUUUUUAGUCUGUCACAAAUAUUCCUGAACAUAUGAGAGAAGAGAAAUUUAAUUGAAUUUAACUAAUUGAUAUAGUAAAGAUAUUGAAUCAAUCUCAACUAGGAUAAUUUGUCAUUUAAAACAUUUAAUCGAAUUUUAUUUAAUUUUUGGGGCACAUGUGACCACAGGACUUGUACAAAUUAAUUUUUUAUUGAUAUAUUACAAUUUAUUGUUUGCAGUUACUUAAUUAUUGGGUUUACAAUUUAUUUUAGUUCUUCUAAAUCAUAUUUAUUGCAUUAGACAAAUUAUUUUGUUUUGGAAAUAUUGCUUAGCUCAAUUAGAAUAUUAUUUGUAUAUGUGUCGAUUUAAUGAAAACCACUAUAAAAAAGUAUGAACAAGUUA